AGUUUGUUACCAGUCAAUUUUGGCGCGGGCGGAGUGGGAAGCUUUAUUUGAACUGUUGGGUUAAGCAGCGACGUGAUACUGCAUCAGGAUGUAUGUCAAAUCUAUGGUUAUUGAUGGGUUUAAAAGCUAUGGUCAACGAACUGAAAUCAACGGCUUUGAUCCACUUUUCAAUGCCAUCACGGGUCUAAAUGGUUCAGGAAAGAGUAACAUUUUAGAUGCAAUAUGCUUUUUGCUGGGCAUCACAAACCUUAGUCAGGUACGAGCUACCAACUUGCAAGAACUUGUUUAUAAAAAUGGCCAAGCAGGUGUAACGAAGGCCACAGUGACCAUUACCUUUGAUAAUACAGAUAAGAAGCAGAGCCCCAUAGGUUACGAUCACUACAAUGAAGUGACCAUCACUCGACAGGUUGUGAUCGGUGGACGCAAUAAGUACAUGAUAAACGGCACUACGGUCCAGAAUAGUAGAGUUCAAGAUUUCUUCCGCUCGGUUCAGCUUAAUGUGAACAACCCUCACUUUCUCAUCAUGCAGGGACGCAUCACCAAGGUCCUCAACAUGAAACCUCCUGAAAUUCUUGCAAUGAUUGAAGAAGCUGCAGGCACCCGGAUGUACGAGUCUAAGAAGCAGCAAGCACAGAAGACUAUAGAGAAGAAGGAUGCAAAGCUGAAGGAGAUUAAUGAUAUCCUGGAGGAGGAGAUCACGCCCACACUGAGUAAGUUGAAGGAGGAGCGCACAAUGUACCUGGAGUUCCAGAAGGUGCAGCGGGAACUGGAACAUCUGACUAAACUUUACAUUGCCUACAAGUUUGUAUCGGCACAGGAAGGCAGUGAGAAAGCUCGAGUGGAGCAUGAGGGAGUCAAACAGCAGAUUGAUGAAAUGCAGCAACGGAUUAGUAACGGUACAAGAGAGGUAAAAGAGUUGGACAAUCAAAUAAUACAGCUGCAGCAGAUUCGUGAUACCGAGACAGGAGGUCAUCUGCAAGAAUUAGAAAAAUCUCUGAAAGAGAAGGAGAAAUCAGAUGUAAAACUGUCUGCUUCUCUGAAAAAUUUGAAAGAAACCUUAAAGGCAGAAGAGAAGAAAAAAGUCCAGCUUGAGAAAUCUUUGGCUGAUGAUAUCAAAGCUAAGGAAAAUAAACAGAAGGAAAAUGAUAAACUACAGGGCACAUUUGAUACAAUGCGAGCACAGGACCAGAGAGAUCACGAUGCCUUGAUGGCUGCAGAGAAGAGGCUGCAGGCAAUUAGCUCAGGAAUGUACUCUGCUGGUGAUGGAGAAGAUGCAACCCUGCAAGAACAGCUUAUUAAUACUAAAGCCAGCAUCACAGCGGCAAAAACUGCAACCAAACAGGCUGAAAUGAAGUUGAAAUACAGCCAGGAGGAGCUGAAGAAGAAAGAACAGGAAAUGAAGCGAACAGCAACUGAAUAUACAAAGGACAAAUCCCUUCUUGACAGGAUGGAGAAGGAGGUUAAAAAUAUUGAAACUCAGUUGGGUAAGCUUGACUAUGAUGACCAUAAAGUGGAGGAGCUGGAAGGGGAGCGUCGUGUGCUGAACAAUCAAUUAAUGAACUUACAGGAGAAGGUAGAAUAUCUGGAAUCCAGAUAUCCUCAGUUAUGCUUCAACUACAAAGAACCAGAGAGGAAUUUUGAUCAUUCUUUGGUAAAGGGGCUUGUGUGCAAGUUGGUGAAAUUAAGAGAUCCUACUACUGCAACUGCAUUGGAAGUCACAGCUGGAGGAAAGCUGUAUAAUGUAAUUGUUGACUCGGAAGUAACAGGGAAAAAGUUGCUACAAAAAGGACAGCUUCAGACCAGAGUUACCAUCAUUCCUCUUAAUAAGAUCACGGGACGUUCCAUUGAUGCCCACAUCGUCAAACAAGCAGAAAAUUUGGUGGGGAAGGAGAACGUACAGACAGCACUGUCACUUGUCUGUUAUGAUCACGAUUUGCACAAGGCUAUGGAGUGGGUGUUUGGCUCUUCGUUUAUCUGUCGGGAUAUGGAUGUAGCCAAACAAGUCACUUUCCACAAUAAUAUCAUGAGGAAAUCUGUCACCUUAGACGGUGAUGUAUUUGAUCCAGCUGGUACCCUAACUGGCGGGUCCAGACGGCAAGGAAACAGUAUCCUUGCACAGUUAGACUCCCUGCGUGAGUAUCAAGAUGAACUCACAGCAAAAACACAGCAGCUACGGCAAGUGGAGCAGCAGUUAAAUCACCUUCAGUAUUUAACAGAGGAAUGUCUGGCUACUGUGGAACGAUGCAAGAACUUAGAUAUUGAAGGAGAAGCAAAGGUGAAGGAAAUUGAAAAUAAAAUAAAAAAUUCAAAGGCACUAAAAGAAAAAGAGCUGAAGGCAGCUAAUGUGGAACUGGAGAAAUGCAAGAAAGUAGCUGAAGGAACACGAAGCAAAUGGAACCUAAAAAAGCAGGAGGAGGAAAGUUUAAAGUUGGAACUGUGUGAACUGGAACAAAGCAUAGAGACGACCAAGGGCCAAAUUGCUACGUCCGUAGAGGUCAUGGAGCAGUACCAGGCACAGCUCAAUGUUCUUGAAGAGGAAGUUGCAAGGGCCAAGAGUGAGGUUACUGCAGCUCAGUCAGCUGUGAAGGAACAAAAGGAGAUGUUACAAGCACAAAACAAGGAAAUUAAUGCUAUGACAGCACGUAAGGAACAGAUCAUCAAGAAUAGCGAUGAAGCCCAACUUGAAAUCAAACAGCUUGAUCAUAAACUUUCAAAACUGAAGUCCGAAGCAAAGGAUGCUGAAAAUAAGGUUGCUCAGAUGCUCUCUGAACAUGAAUGGAUAUCAGAGGACCGCAAGUUCUUUGGCCAGCCCAACACUGGUUAUGACUUCACAGCUAAUGAUCCAGUGGAAGCUGGACGCAAAAUCACCAAAUUAGAAGAACUCAAAACCAAAUUAUCGAAAAAUGUAAACAUGAGAGCCAUGAACAUGUUGGGAAAAGCCGAAGAACAGUAUAAUGACCUGAUGAGAAAGAAAAGAAUUGUGGAAAAUGACAAGGCUAAGAUUGAAAAAGUAAUUCGUGAAUUGGACGAGAAAAAGAAGGAAGCUUUGAGACAGGCUUGGGAGCAGGUUAAUAGGGAUUUUGGGUCGAUCUUCAGCAUGCUUCUUCCUGGGACUGAAGCCAAGCUCCAGCCCCAAGACGGACAAGAUGUCCUUGAUGGGUUAGAGGUGAAAGUGGCAUUUGGUGGUGUAUGGAAGGAGAGCUUAACAGAGUUGAGUGGUGGGCAGCGCUCCCUGGUUGCACUCUCACUCAUCUUGGCUUUGCUGCUCUUUAAACCGGCUCCUAUUUACAUCCUUGAUGAAGUAGAUGCUGCCUUGGAUCUCUCUCAUACUCAGAACAUUGGCAACAUGUUGCGAACGCACUUCAAACACUCUCAAUUCAUAGUAGUGUCACUGAAGGAUGGGAUGUUCAAUAAUGCCAACGUAUUGUUCAAGACCAAAUUUGUUGAUGGCAUGUCCACGGUGUCCCGGCACACGCAGCAUGUUCCCAACGCCUCUACCAAGAGGAAGUAGAAGCAAAUUCCAAGAUAAAAUUAAACAUAUACAGUGGUACCUUGGUUUUCGAAUUUACUGUAAUUUGUUCCCAGAGACGGCUCGUAUCUGGGAACAGAUUAAAUUCGCAAACCAAGGUACCACCAUACAUUUUAUAUUUAUGAUAAUGCUAUUGCCCACGUAUUCAUAAACAAAACCAUGGGAAUUGAUGAUUCUAGUAAAUUUAUUAGGCCCUAAAAUAUUUUAAAUAUGUUAAACUAAGUCAAAUUAUUUUAUGUUAAUGAGCUGUGACCAUGGAUUGUGUUGCAUGAAUAAGGUUGUUUGUGUGUUUCCAAAACUUAUUUUGAAGUAGUGUAUUUUUUGUUUUUGUAGAUUUUUAUGCUUAUGUAGAUACAGUAUUACUGAAAUUUAAUAGGUAUUAAGUAAUGAUUGAAAUCUAGAUGUAAAAUAUAAUAACUCAUAUAUAGUAUAUA